GGAAACGGCCUGGUGACAAUGUUGGACCGGCAGGUGCUGCGAAACGCGCUAAAACUGCGAUGACUACUGAGCAGAUGCAGGCGCUUAUAAACUCGACGAAGGCAAGCGUAGAGAAACGAGCACAACAGUUGGGUAUGUCUUUAGAUGUAGACUAG